UUUACUCAAAUGACUUCAACAGAUCUCUCACAUUUCACAGAAAACCAAUCAAAGGAUGAGAAGAAAGAAGCAAGUGAAGAAGAUAAGCUAGGCGAAGAAUUUAAGGAGCUAAUUCUCUCUCUUCCUAAAGAGAAGGGUUGGAUAACACCCUAUGUCUAUCUAUUUCAAGGUUUUUGGUUCCCAUCUCAUAUAAUCCAACCUGUAAUCACUUUUCAAAAUCACUUCCAAGCAAAAGACAGUGAUGUUGUUGUUGCCACCCUUCCAAAAUCAGGAACCACCUGGUUAAAAGCCCUUACCUUUGCCAUUGUCAACCGCCACAAUUUCCCUUCCUUAGAGAACCAUCCAUUACUUGCAUACAAUCCCCAUCACCUUGUGCCUUUCUUUGAACUUUCUGUUUAUGGCGAAGCUUAUGACAAAACUCCUGACCUAUCUAACAUGAAUGAGCCAAGACUUUUUGGUACUCACAUUCCGUUCACUUCGUUGGCCAAGUCUAUCAAGGACUCCAAAUGUAAGAUAAUUUAUAUAUGUAGGAACCCAUUUGAUAAUCUUGUGUCUCAUUGGGUCUUCCUCAACAAAACUAAGCCAGAGUCUUUCCCUACAAUAACCUUAGAUGAAGCUUUUGAAAGGUUUUGUAAAGGGACGAUAGGGUUCGGUCCAUUUGGGAGCCAUGUCUUAGGUUAUUGGAAAGAAAGUAUAGCUAGACCAGACAAGGUUCUGUUCUUAAAGUAUGAGGAUCUUAAAGAAGAUGUCAAUUUUCAUGUGAAAAGAGUGGCUGAGUUUUUGGGUUGUCCUUUCACUCAGGAUGAGGUAAGUAGUGGAGUGGUUGAAAACAUUGUGAAACUAUGCAGCUUUGAGAAAAUGAAGGAAUUGGAGGUUAAUAAAUCUGGAGCCGUGGGUAAGAAUGUUGAGAACAAGCAUUUCUUUCGGAAGGGUGAAGUAGGUGAUUGGGUAAACUACAUUCCCCCUUCAAUGGUGAAAAAGUUAUCCAAAAUCAUUGAGGAAAAUUUAAGUGGAUCAGGCCUAUCAUUUAAAGAUAACUUUCCUAUGGUUAUCUGAUAUGAUGGUUUCAUAUUGAAAAUAAGUGUCUAGCUAGCCACAUAAGUGUCAUGCAUGUAGCUGAAAUUUGUGUUUUUGUUUUUUUUUUGUGCAGAAUAAAGAGGUAGACUAUGUGGUUACCUUUGUUUUGUUCCCAUCCAGAAUCAGUUGGAUGGGAAAUGCGUGCUGAAGUUAUUUCCUAUGGUUUUUAGGUUAAAAUGUUAUGUAUUGUUUUUGUUUCAAUCUUAUCUGAGAGAGAUGUUCUCAGAACUUUAUUAAUGAAUAAGCUGGUAGGAGG